UCGUCGCCGUCGUUGUCGUCUUCGUCUUGAGCCUCAUGCAAGCGUGUGUCAAUCACACAUCCCCAAUGAGCAGUUUCAGCUUCGCCGCCUUCUACGAGUCCUGGUUCGACCACCUCCAACACCUCCUUCACCAGCUGUCCGCCGCCACCCGGCCACCCAGCUCGGCGGAGGAAAACCAGAAGCUCCUCAUCCUCAUCGAUAAGGUGGUGGCCCACUACGACGACUACUACCGCACCAAGUCCGUGGCCGCCCAGAACGACCCCCUCCAAAUGCUCGUCUCCCCCUGGGCCACCACCCUUGAACGCUCCCUCCACUGGAUCGCCGGCUGGCGCCCCACCAUCGCCUUCCACCUCGUUUAUACCGAGUCCUCCGCCUUCGAGUCCCAUAUCAUCGACAUCCUCCGCGGGGUUCGUACCGGCGAUCUCGGUGAUCUCUCCCCCUCUCAGUUCCGACGAGUCAGCCAGUUGCAAUGUGACACUGUGAAAGAAGAGAAUGCUAUAACGGAGGAGCUAUCGGAGUGGCAAGACAGCGGAAGCGAGCUGAUAGAAGGGGCGGCGGAGAUGGAGGAGAAGAUGGAAGCUCUGGGGAACAUCAUAAGGAAGGCCGACGAUCUCCGGCUGAGAACCCUGAAGAGCGUGGUGGGUCUCCUCACUCCACAUCAGGCCGUCGAUUUCUUGAUCGCCUCCGCCGAGUUGCUCUCCGGCAUCCGCUCUUGGGGAAUCAAUCACGACCGCCGACGAUCCCGAUAACACCCCCGACAAUAUUUCCCCAUUCCCCCUUUUCUCUUACUUCUUCCUCCGCCUUCUUCUUGGCCGUUUUUUCUCUCUUGCUUUCUUGAAAAGGAGUCUGUUGUCUGCCCAAGUUUAAUUGGUCGAAU